UAAAUAUAUUCUAUGGUUGAUGGUGAUACCGAUGACUCGAUGAGAGUUGAGAAUAUUAAAUUUCUGUAUAAUUAAUUAAUUAGUUAAUUUUUCGCUUUUGGGUUAGGCCCAAGAGUACCCUAGACAUUUUUACAUACCCAAGUUCUUUUUUCAAGUUACCGUUACUACAUAAAUAUUUAAACUUAAGUGUUAAAAAAAUUCAGUAGCAAUGGUAGACAAGGCAGACCAACCCAAUGACAAUCAGACAAUAAUUGUCGAUAAGAAUAAUUCGCAAAAGAAAACAAAGAACCAGAAAAUACGUUUUGGUGUGAACGAAGGCAAUGGGGAUCAACAAGGACAGGCCCAAAAUGAUGGUGUCGAGUCUAUUACAAACUCAGUUGAUUUGCAACAAAAUAUAUCAAUUAAAGAUUUAAAAAUGGCAAUGGAGGUAUUAAAUAUGCAACAAAAACCUGCUAAAACAACAGAAGAAGCAUUACAUAAAUCUUAUCAGUUUUGGUCAACUCAACCAGUUCCUAAAUUGGAUGAAAAGAUAAUUUCUAAUGAACCAAUUGAGCCCCCAAAGGCUCCUGAAGACUUAAGACAAGAGCCAUACACACUUCCUGAUGGCUUUCAGUGGGACACUCUGAAUUUGAAUGAGCCCCUCAUAUUAAAAGAGCUUUAUACACUAUUAAAUGAAAAUUAUGUUGAAGAUGAUGACUGUAUGUUUCGGUUUGAUUACCAAACAGAAUUUUUGAAAUGGGCACUGCAGCCUCCAGGUUGGAGAAUGGACUGGCAUUGUGGUGUCAGGGUCAUAAAAUCAGGUCGUUUAGUUGGCUUUAUUUCAGCUAUUCCAGCUCAGGUAAAAAUUUUUGAUCGCUCACAAGAAGUAGUGGAAAUUAAUUUUUUAUGUGUGCACAAGAAACUGCGUGCUAAAAGGGUAGCACCUGUUUUGAUCCGGGAAAUUACGCGUAGAGUUAAUUUAACAGGCAUAUUUCAAGGUGUGUAUACUGCAGGUAUUGUGCUGCCAAAGCCAAUUGCAACAUGUAGGUACUGGCAUAGAUCAUUAAAUCCAAAGAAGUUGAUUGAUAUUAAAUUUAGCCACUUAUCUAGAAACAUGACCAUGCAAAGAACUUUAAAACUUUAUAAACUACCAGACUUACCAAAAACAACUGGAUUUAGAAAAUUGGAAAUGAAAGAUAGUGAAAAAGUUGUUAAAUUAUUAAAUGAUUACUUAUCAAAGUUUGACUUAUCCCCAAUUUUUUCUGAGGAAGAAUUCAAACAUUGGUUUAUACCACAGGCUGGUAUCAUAGACAGUUUUGUGGUCGAGGCCUCCAAUGGUACAAUCACAGAUUUUGUUAGCUACUAUACUCUCCCAUCCACUGUUGUUUAUCACCCUACUCACAAAAUGCUUAAAGCUGCAUACUCAUUCUACAAUGUAUCUACAAAGACACCUUGGGUGGACUUGAUGCAAGAUGCAUUGAUAACAGCCAAAAAUUCAGGAUUUGAUGUUUUUAAUGCAUUAGAUUUAAUGGAUAAUAAAGAGUUUUUGGAGCCUCUGAAGUUUGGUAUUGGUGAUGGCAACUUACAGUACUAUCUCUAUAAUUGGAGGUGUCCAAGUGUUGCACCAAACAGGAUUGGCUUGGUGCUUCAAUAAUUACUGCAUAUUUUAUUUUUAUCAAUCUGCAUAUAUGCAAUGUAUUUUAUGUAUUUUUUUAGUUAGCAAAGGCUUUUUUAAAUUUGUGUAGUGUUUUAUAGGUUGGAAAUAUAGUUUAACUUUAAUCUAAUUGCUGUGUGUUUUAAUGUUAUCUACAAAAGAAGCAAUUUGAUAAAAUACAAGUAGGCAUUUAAAUAUUAUUUAAUUCAUAAAGAUAGGUAGGUAUAAAAGUAAAUCUAUACAGUUGUAUUAAUUAAUACUUAAUAAACUGUUCAGUGUCAGUAUAGAUCCUAUUAUGUAAAACAAACACAAAAUGUAACAAGGGCUCAGUCCAUGUAAAAUAAUGCAGUAUUUUUUUAUUAUUUAUAAUGUUAAUAAACUGCAUAAUCUUUGUAAUGUAAAUUUAUAUAAAUAAAUCUCAAUUGAGUUGAUAUUUUAUUUUCUAUUGGUCUCAGUAACAAAAGGAUGAAGUUUAUCUUAGAAUUUGAGUUUGAAAAUAGGUACAUAUAUGUUGACCAUCUUAGAUUAUUAAUAGGUCUAGAUAGAAUGUGAAACCGUCAAAAAAACUGAGGUUGACAGUUAACCUUUAUUUUGAGCAAUGCAUGUACACUAACACACACACAGGACAUUUAAAUCGGGAAUGUAAGAUGCAACUUGUAGUAAUAAUAUUGGCCUGUUUUCAUCCAUUGUCUAGCAGCAAAACACUCUAUCUAGAUAUAUAUUAUCUCAGUUGAACAUAUUAAUAUAGUAUGAUUAUAAA